GUUAAACAAAGAUUCAGUUGUUAUUCAUUGCAGAUUGACAUCAGUUAGAGGAACAAAAGAAACCUGGGAGCACUGAACGGCUGUUUCGUCCUAGUAUGGGACUCCUCAGCAGCAUGCACCCACGACCCUGCAGGGAUCGGACCCGUGACCUUCAGGUUCCGUGGCCAGUACGUUACCAUUGAGCUAGGUCACAAUCCAAUGGUCCAUAUUUCCAACUUCUGUUAGCUCACAAUAUAGCGUAACCACCACCCAAUGUCAUCAUUGAGUAACUGUCCUCACGACCAUAAGGCUUUGCCCCCACCGGUCACGACUUCCAUUGUUCCUCCAACUGAUGUCAGUCUACGAUGAAUAAAAACUUACGAUAUUUCCAAAUCCCCACAACUCCCUCAAAGAUUCAGUUAUCAAUCUCUCCCUUCACCCUGCUACAUUUUAGUUUUAAGGAUUUUUACCCUGUUCCAUUCUAUCUGUGUACAUUGUGUGUAAUCGCAUGCGUAGCUAAGGCUAAGCUUUUUUCUAAAUUCCAUACCUUGCUAAGAUCUACUAAUUUUGACCCUGGCCGACUAUUUUAACCUGUGUAUUUGCCCUCGCAGUCGUUGCAAGGGAUUUGGUAAACUAAGUUAUUCUGCUUAGUUGGGUCAAUAGGAUCUUUUAACCUAUAAAGCCUAUUUAGAAGUGAGUUUUUAGGUUCGAAUGCCACUCUAAUCCCAGCCUUAUUGAGAAUUCUACGUAGUGUUUUUGAGGCGCCUUCUUUGUAUGGCAAUACUGUGGUGGUUUUGAAUUCUCUAUUCACAGAAUCCACAAUACUAAUGGUGUUGAUAAUAAUGUUGAUAAUAGCAGCGCCAAUACUAUGAAUAGUGUCACUUUGUAUACAUUACAUUCACGAAUACGUUUUCAAAUUUCGCGGUAAUAUAGAAAACGGAUAAACAAUGUUUGACAGUGAAGUAAUCCGAAAUAUUGUUUUCCCCUUGAACUGACGGAAUAUACCCAUUUAUUCCUUAAUAAGAAUAAGGCAUGUAUCAGCGAAGAAAUAUUUCUUUUCAACGACUUCAUUAUGAAACUGUACAGUUGUAUUUAUACUCGAAAAUGACAGAUAAUUGCACUAAAAAGGAAGUUGCUCAGUCAAUAUGGAAAAUAUACAGUCGGUGUAGGUGGUGGUAUUUGUUCAAGUGGAACAGAUAGAAAAUGGGUCAUUGAAAAAGUAACGAAUUGAUAACAAGUGGUGAGGUGAGCGACAAGUGCUGUCAAAGAAUUGUAAAAUGGUGAUAAUUAAUCUGAAACGUGUACAAUAGGUCAGUGAUUAAGGAAUGAAUUGAUAUUAAGUAGUGAAUUAUGGGUCAAAUGUUGUCAAUGAAGUGAAAAUUGGUGAUAAUGAUGAUGAUGAUAAUAGAAGAGAAGUGUGCCAAAGUGAAGUGAACUGAAACUGACAAAAUAAGCAACAAGGUAUUAUUGAGGCCAAGGUCGAGAAAGUGGUUUCACAAAACGUUUUUGAAUGCAAAGUUUCGGUUUUCGUUUAGCUUCAGCUAUGCAUGAGUGGUGGAACUGUGAACCUUUGUAGUAGUUCAAUUUAACUUUGUAAAUUACUUUGAAGGAUGAAUGUCGAUGUUCUGAAUGACUUAAUUCAACUAGGUAAACACACAUAUGGAUGAAGUCGUUUUCAUUUGCUCUCCUCUAGUAAGUCGAACGGGAUAGUGUUCAGUGAGACGUUUUCUUGAGGCCAGCUUACAACGCCCGAUAUAGUGAUCUCCAUAGGAGCAUGUGAACUUGUAGAUACACAUAGAUGUGGACAUAAGUGGAAUCCUACUCUUCGUGCAUUGAUGAAUCAGAUGGCAGUUGGAGAGUAUUAGUCUGAGUGUAGCAGCAAAGAAGCUACUAAUGAUGCAACUUGACAGAUGGUUGUUUAGCACUUCGUCUUUGGUGUCUGCUUUGAAUUCCAGAUUCAUGGUUAAGAUUUUCUUAGGAACUGUAAUGGGAUUGAGAGUUGUUCAUUUCUUCAGAUUCUUAUCAAUAAAUCUUUAAGGGUAUCCGUUAUUAGAUAGUAUUAUUCUAAGAGCUUCGAUUUCAACAUCCACCGUGUCUUCUGAACAUAUUUUAUAAAUUCUGGAGCAUCGCAAGUGAAUGAAAUUUUUUUUACAACCAACAAGUACCCAACUAUUAAAGUUAGUGAACUUGAAGUAGGCGGCGCAAAAAACAACACACAACACUGAAAAGCAUGCACGAAUUUAUUUUUUUUUCAUAGCUCAGUAUAGUAUAGUAGUCAAAAAUACUUAAAAAUUAUUUGAGUAGACAAAAAAGGUAGGCACAGAAUGUUAUCUAUUUGAUAAAUGGUGAAACUCUAAAGAGUGAUAAUAGAUGCAUUAUAUUACUGCUAUCCAUUCUGCAUCAUAUCACCUCUAGUCUUUGAAUAACCAACUUCACACAUACACACACUUCUGCUAACACGAUAUCGGGUGUAAACCAACAAUCAGUAAAUUUAUUGAUUUAUACCAGUGCAUGUUCUUACGAUCGUCAACUGUUUUGAAUUCAUAUUGUUAGUCUAGUCGAAAAUAUACAACAACUGAGACAUUGACGCAGUUUCUGUAAAACAUAUCCAAGUCACUUGACUAGCUGACUGCAAUCCAUUUUGAAAACUGUCUAUAAUUAGUUGUAUGUGUACAGUUAAUGCAUUAUCUUACCAGUACAUAUUUCAUUUCUUUUUCAGGCGAUCGUUUUGAUACGCAUAGGAAUACUUUCACUAUCGAUUUCAAAGAAAAUUAUUCCUUCAUCUUUAUCUCAUUGAACAUUUACUAGUAAGGAGAAAUUAAACAUUGUAACAGAAAAGAAAAUGUCACACUCUACUAAUCAACUGCAUAUCUGUAUGUUAGGUAGUGGUAACGUUGGUAAAAGUGCUCUAACAUUACAAUAUAUGUAUGAUGAAUUUGUUGAAGAUUAUGAACCGACCAAAUCCGAUUCUUAUGUGAAAAAAAUCAACAUAGAUGGUGUAAGUGUGAAUGUCUCAAUCUUAGACACAGCUGGUCAGGAAUCGUUUGCAGGUGUAACAGAUACAAUCUAUCGAAGUGGUGAUGGCUUCAUAAUCGUUUUUUCACUAACUGAUAUGGAAUCUUUCAAAGCUGUUGGUGCCCUUCUAGAAAGAUUCCUUAUUGUUCGACCAUCAGAGUAUCUUCCACGUAUACUUGUUGGUAAUAAAGUAGAUUUAACUGAUGAAAGGCAAGUUUCUCGGGAAUUAGCACUGAAAACAGCUCAACAGUGGAAUAUACCAUAUAUGGAAACUUCGGCUAAGAAUAAUGCAGAUGCUCAAAAAAUAUUUUAUAGUGUCUCCAAAGAAAUAUUCGUAAUGAAAUGUGCUAAUCAACAACCACAAUUGGAACAGAAUAAAUCACGUGAAGAUGGUUGUUGUACAAUUAUAUGAAACUUGUUAGGAUCGGAUACAAGAAAUGAAUGAGAC